UCUGCCACACCCGAUCGUCAAGCAGUCGCGCAACUGAGCGUCUUCAGACCCGGGCUUGUUCGUUGUCUUUGCAAAUACGGACUACACGAGGCUCAACAUGAGUCUGGCCAGGAAGUGAGUCGUGUAGAUUCAUGUGGUGGUCGAUGAAUGUUUGCUGAUUGCGGUUGCCCGGAACGUGCCCUCUUUUGUCAUCUCAUGGCCGUCUCUACCCUGCUUCCUCGUACGUACCUUGAUAGUCUCCUGGACGGCUGCCCCACGCCCUCCUCGUGUACGCCAACCUCUUCCUCUUCAACCGCCACCAUCGCAGCCUUCACCACUCAAGCCACCCUCGAUACUUCCCCUCCCAAUAUGUGCCAGUCCACCGAGUGCAACACCCUCGAUCGCAUAGCAGUUAUCGAACGCGCCUUCUGCUCGAACUACUCGUGCUGCAACCUUGUCCUGGCCGACCUCCAUGAACUACUCGAGCACUUUGAAGAGCAACAUGUCACCGUCGCGAAGGCGGGGGGAAAGUCGCCGAAACGGGGGAAGGGUAGCCCACGCAUCCGCCCCGCGCCACUGCAGCCGCUCCGUGUGCCUACGCCACCCCUCACCCCAGGCAGCACGUCUUCCGCCUCCUCAUCCUCCUCUACGCCGUCAUGCUCGGAGCCCCCCUCGCCAACCUCCUCACUAUUCCCCGUCUUCCCUACCGUUAUCUCGCCGGACGACUUCGACCCAUUCUCGCUGUCGCUGUUCAGCGCGCCGUAUGCGCCGCGCGACAUCCUCGACGACCUCCCACUAGCGCCCGUGCACGAGGCAACAAAACCUCCCGUGCAACCUCUGCUCCCGGCGUUGCCAAUAGAACAGCCUCGACCUGCCGCAUCGAUGCCGUCAGCCGUAAAGCCAACCGUGGUCGUACGACCGACCGAGAGGCCCGCCCCGACUUCACACCCCGUCCGCCGAGAACACGCGGCGCAAGCACGCGUUCAAGCCGAGCCCUACACAGUCCCACGAAAGCCGACGACUAGCAAGGACGCCCGACGCAGUGGGGGUCGCCGUCGCACCUCGCGUGUUCGCGCAUUCAAAUGUCCGAGACCGGGAUGCUGUAAGGUGAGCUGCCACAGGGUGCCACUCUCACCACCGUGUUUAACCUCGUGCAGACUUACUUGAACCCCAAUGGCCUCAAAUACCACCUCGAGAAGGGUACUUGCAAGUUCGAGUUUGACGAGGGAUCAUCGGAAUAUGCUACUGGCUCAGGUUCUGAGCAAUCGUUCGAGCCUUCGACAGACAAUUAUCGCGGCGUUGCACCUCCAGACUCGCCCGAUUCUACAUUGGAAUCGCCAUCGGCGUCUGUGGUCGACUCCAUAGUCUCGAUUGACCGGGACUUUAGCGUCUUCGUAUGAGGGGAGGAUAGUCGAUGGGAUAGGGGAAACUCUAUACGUCGUCCGCUAGUAGUUCUGUAUACCGAGACCGCGAUGGGUCCCCAAAAGUAAAAUGUGACGACGCAGUAUUAUUGUAUUAGGCAUUGUAUUUACUCACCGAUAUCAUGGGUCUUUACUGGAACGUGUUGUGACUUCUGUGAUUAUCUCG